UACUGCAUAAGCAUAUAGAAUAAGGUGUUAAGAGCGGGCAGGAAGUAGUGAGAACGAAGAAGAGUAAGAAUAAGGGAAGAAAGGGAGAUACAACUUGAGUAUAUGUGAUAAAAAAUUCGAAGAAACGAAAAUUUUUCUAUAUUUUUUAUGGAUUUAAUUCUACUUUGUAAAAAUCUGGAAGAUAGCGAAUCCUGCAAGUGGUUUAUCGUAAUUCACAUUAUCCCCAUGAUAUUGAAUCAUAGUGGAACAUGUUUUUAUUUACUUAUAACACGUGCCAUAUAAUAAGAAUUACUUAUAAUAUAAAAGAACUGUCAAAGUUACCAUCAAUGUAUCAUAUAACUGAUAAUGUAAAUAGAUCUUAAUUAUAAUUAAAAGCUAGAAAAUAUUUUAUUUAAACAGAUUAAUACAUAAUCAAUAAUCAUGGGUUCCAUCACUAUGGAAGAAUGUGAACUUAUGAAAGAUUCUAAAUAUCGCGUCUAUGUCUCUGCUGUAGACAAGGCUUUAAAAAAUUUUGAAUAUACUAGUGAAUGGGCAGAUCUUAUUUCUGCGCUUGGCAAAUUAAACAAAGUAUUAUUAAAUCAUAUGAAGUUUCCAGUAAUUCCAAGGAGAAUAAAAAUAUCAAAGAGAUUAGCACAAUGUAUGCAUCCUGCUUUGCCUUCUGGCGUUCAUUUAAAAGCUUUGGAAACUUAUGAUACCAUUUUUAAAUGCAUGGGUACAAAUAGACUUAGCCAUGAACUUUUUAUAUAUAGUGCAGGUCUUUUCCCAUUAUUGGGUCAUGCUGCUAUGAAUGUAAGACCAUCUUUAUUGACUGUAUAUGAAACUCAUUUUGUACCCCUUGGAGAAAGAUUAAGACCAGGAUUGAGUGGAUUUUUAAGUGGCGUACUUCCUGGCUUGGAAGAUGGUUCUGAUCAUUUUGAUAGAACUAACUCUCUGUUAGAGAAAGUAUGUGAAGGAGUAGGUGCAGAGCAUUUUUAUGCAUGCUUAUGGGAUUGUUUGGCUUCAAAUUCUGGAAUACGUUUACCUGCUAUAUCUUUUGUACUGUCACAUUUGAAUAAAAAAAUACCUAUGGAAGAGCAGAAAUUUAUUAUGGGUACUGACAGUGAUAUUAUGAUUACUGCGUUAUGCGCUGGAGUACAGGAUAACUCAGUUCUAGUACAAAGAAGUGCUUUGGACUUAUUAUUGGUUGGUUUUCCUGUACACAAUAGUUUAUUGUUAUAUAAGGAUAUGGUAUUAUUAAUUACAGCUGCUCUUACUACGAUAUUGAGAAGAGACAUGAGCUUGAACAGGCGUCUAUUUGCAUGGCUUUUGGGAACUGAAGUAAAUACAUCAAUCUUAAAAACAAAAGCUCCUUCAACGACCAAUGAAGUUCUAGAGGAUGCAGCUACUUAUUUUGAUACAUAUGCAAAAGAAAUGUUAAUUGAAGCUAUUAAAUCAUUAUUGAAAAAUAGUUGCGAAGAAAAUCCUCAAGAUUUAAAACCAUAUAGAAUAUUAGUUUCAUUAUUAGAUAAAUCAGAUAUUGGACCAAUAAUCUUAGAUGACAUUUUGUUUGAAAUAUUUAGAACUUUUUAUAUUGCUUGCGGACAGUCAAGUAGAAUACCAAAAACCAAUGAAGUGGUCAAAUCAGCAAAUUUGCUAUUUUCAACAUUAGAACCGUCUUAUGUUUGGAUACAUUGUGGUUUUUUGUUUGAAAAAGCUUGUCAAGCUAGGAUUAAAACUCAGUGUGAAAUCAAAGAGACAAUUGUUAAAUCUAUUGGUUGUGGAAUGCCAAAUUUGAUUGAAAUAUGCAUAUUAACAGAAUUUCUAUUAGAUACUGUAUCAUUGGACACAUUUAUAGAUACCCCUUCUGAUCAUUUACCUACUUUGUUUUACAAUAUUAUUAGUAAAUUAUUGUGCCAUAUUGAUCUGCUUUCUUGUAUGGAAAUCUCAAAAAGUCUUCAACUAUGUGCAAAGAUUCUAUCCAAAGUACAACCAACAGUAGCGACAACACAAACAGACAAGCGUGAAAUAGAUGCAAAAUUGGAUUCUUCUCAAAAUAAUGCUACUACAAGUAGCAAUGAUAAUUCUUUGAUUGCAAUUCCAUUAGAAAAAAGUCAGUCAGAUAGUAAAUUAAACAAAGCUGAUACUAUGAAUAGUUCUUAUAAUGAAAAAAGUCCAAAUCUUAGAAGAAGAGCAAAUUCUGGUGGUACUACUAAAAGAAUUGAAAAAAAAUCUAAGAAGAAAGGAAGUAGAAGUACUUCUAAACUGAAUGAUGCUUCUGUAACACAAACUGACAACAUUAAUGCUUCAAUUAAUGAAGAUUUUAAAUUAUUAUCAAGAAAUAAAAGUAUGGAAAAUAUACAAACAAAUUCUGAAGAAAAAGAGCAAAAUGCGUUGGAAGAAAAAUCAACGAUAUUAAAUCGUAAUUCUGUGUACAAUUAUAUGGAUUCUACGAAUUCAUUAAUAAAAGAAACAUCUUCAGCAUUUCAAGCUCAACAUUCGAUGCUGGAAAAAUGUUUACGUCAAUAUGAAAUUUUUUAUGUGAAAUUAAUUAGUAACAGAGUACUUGCUAAAGAAAAGACUGUACAGAAUAUGUUUGAUAGUUUAUUAAUUUCUUGUCCUAGAGAAAGUUUUAACGAAAGAAUGCAUUAUUUAGAACUUCUAUUGAACUCCAGAUUAAAUUUGGAAGAUUCUGGGUUCUUCAGUCAAGAUUUAUCUGUUGUUGAAGACAUUAAAUGUUUUGAUAUUCUUCACUCAUAUACUGACACAAUAGCUCAAUCUGAAUGGGAAGAAUCUGUUAAAAUUGCAUCAACUUUACUUGUUGAAUUAUCAACUUUCCCAAAAUAUUUUCUUUCUGGAGAUGGUUUAUUGCUGGAAGAUGAACCAAAAGGAACAAUUGUCUUUCCUGAUUGGCUAAAGGUCUUGAUUGUUUGUGCUUGCUGGUUAGGAAAACAACCAACAUUGCAAUUAACGAGUAUUGCAACAUUGCUAGAUUUAAUAGCAUUGUUAAAGGCACAUAGUGAUAUAGAAAUAUAUCCAAAAAGUGGAGAAGGUGUAACAACUGUAGUUAUGAUACCAUUAUUAAAACAGUGGCAUAUAACUUACUUAAUACAAUAUACCAACGUAUUUCAAGUGUUAGCACAUUCUUUGUGGCAUCAUCUUGGUGAGUUACCUGCUCAUAAAUACAGGAUGAGAUGUGUUGAGUUAAUGCAUGAAUUACAUCAUGCUUUACAUGAUUCCUGUGAUGCCGUUGAAGAUGUAAUAGGAUCUGCACUUGCAUCUGAUAACAUGGAGAAAAAGAUAGAAGCGUUCAAUAGAUUUGCAACCUUAUGGCACCUUGGACGAGAAAUUGAAACAAAUCCUAGACUACGCGGAUGCUUACGAGCAUUCGACCAGUCCUUGUUAAAAAUGUUAGAUAAUCUUCAAUUAUCAGAUAAUUCACCAUUGAAAUUACUUGCACAGUCGUGGCUUCUUCAUUCACUUAUGCGAGGAGAUAUUUCUCGUAUAUUGGAUCCAUUACUAACUAUGUUAUUAGAUCCGUCUACAUGUCGUAUGAGUGUCCUCCAUGUUAGUAUACAACAUAGUAAUACUGUUUUAACAAAAAAUGAUCCUGUUGAAGAAAAAUCUGAAAUACAAGAUGAUACAGAAGGUGCUGCUAAGAUAUAUGCAAUUAGUUCUGUAGAUGGUAAUGUUAUAUAUCAUGUUAGCGAUGGCAUGAAUGAGGAUAAAAAAUCAAAAAAGGAAAAAAAGAAAAAAAAAUCUAUAAAUCCUGUAAAAGUAAAAAGAAUAUUUGCUGUUACGACAUUAGCUACUGGUGAUAAUUGUAAUCACUAUGUUACUGAACGAAAUCAGUUUAUGAAAGAAUUAGAAGUUCCACCUAGUAUUUCUGGCAAUCGUAAAAUUUCAGUAUUUGUAAAUCCUCUGUCAAUAAAUUGUAACGAAAAUUCAAAUGAUUCGUUAACAGAGGAUGACUCUUUUUCCAGUAUGAAAAAAUCAAAUUUGACAACAGAAAUAUUAAAAAAUGCUACUAGAUUUAAAAAAAUAGAUUUUGAUAAAGGCUCUACAGCUAGUCUUGAUGAGAGUCUCUUUGAAUCUGCUAAUUCAAGUCUCAAAGGAAAGGACAAAAAUGCUUUAAAAAAAAUGAAUGGCGACAUAGGCUCAUCAUUGGAUUCUAUUACAAAUAGUUUUGAUUCUAGUAGUCCAGAAAUAAACAAUAAGCAAAAUAAGCCAAAAAAGGAACAUAUUAUGAUAUCAGGUGGUUCAAGAGAAGUAGCAGGAACUAUUUUAAAAGGCAAAUAUCAAAGUACUAAUGAAUUUACAACAGGCUAUGAUGUACAUGAUGUAGGAAGCUUUGAAACAAGUGCUGAAGUUCCUAGUUGGACAAUGGAGGGUGAAGAAGGUGAUAUUGACUUGAGUACUACAGCAGAAGAAUAUUUCAGUAAUUCUAGUACAACUAGCAUUGUAGAAGAAAUAUUGAAUGAAGUUCUUGAUCGAGUAAUGCAAAUAUGUGAUGUUGAAACUAGUAAGAAUACGGAUGACGUUAUACAAAAUAAUGUAAAAGUAAAUCGCAAUUCUGGGGUAGGUGUUCACAAUCUUCACUCUCAUAUGCUUCUUUAUUGUGGAGUAUAUGAUUCAACAAGAACCUUAUAUGCUUUACGUACAUUGAGAAAUGAACUUAUAACAAAUACUAGAAUGUUUCUGUGUUGUGCGGCAACAACUGGUGUCGCUAAUGCCACAAAAAAUACAACACUAUUAAAUUUAUUAGCUAGACAUAGAAAGAGUGUAUUUGGAAGAAACUUUCAUGGUGAUGUAGCUUAUACAGAAUUUAUAGCAGCCUACAGAAGUAGCAUGUAUUUGGAAGUUUUAAUUAGUGUCUGUCUUUAUUUUGCUAGAAGUUAUUAUCCUAAUUUAGGACAAAUGAGACUCACACAAGAAGAAAUUUCUGGAAAUCGACAAGUACAACUUGCAAGUGCAGAACUAUUAACUUUAAUAUUUUCUGAACUAAUUCAUAUUGUACGAGAUUCUGGAAAAGGUUUUAGUUGUUAUAUAGUAGAUUUACUCGCUAAAUGCAAAGUGCAAAAAGUUGCACUUCAUUGUCUUGUAUCAAGUGUGAUGAGUAUGAAAAAUGCAAAUAAAGAAAAUGAAGAAAUCUUUACAUUCACAGAAGAAAUAAUAUCGUUUAAUGAUCCUAUUAUAGAAAAUGAAAUUAAUAAAUGCAAAUAUAGAGCAAGUGAUCACACUGAAGCUUUUCAAAUACAACUCUUAAGGUUGUUGUUAGCUUUGAUAAUGUUAGAACAUCAAUGUAGUAUACAAAAAGGAGAAGAAAUUGGUGUUAUGACAACAUCUAUACCAAGUACCCCAACUCGAUCCGUUUCAAGCUUAACAGCUAAUAGCUUGAAAUAUGUACCUGGUAUUCCAAUUCCACAACAGUCAAUGUUUCUUAACAGCAUUCUUAGUGCAUUACAAUUGGAACAUAUGAGACAUCUGCAUCAACAUUGGACAACUCUUGUUACAUCUAGCCUGCCAUUUAUGGGUUCAUCAUUAACGUCUAUAGUAACAUCAGUAAUUCAUCAACUGUGUUAUAAUAUUGAACAUUUAGCUUCUUAUUACAUCAAUGAAGAAGCAACUCUGCUUUCAAAAUUGCAAGAUAUAAGCACAGUUGAAUGCUGUUUACCUGCUGAUUAUACAGUCACGCAUUUAGAAGCACUAACAUUUUUGCUUCAUUAUUGUUUACUGGAUACUUCACAACAAAUUGGUUUCUCAUUUAAUCAACCAUUAAGUGGUACCGUUCAAACUGGUGUACCUGGUGCAAAUCCUGGACAAAUUUUUAGUAAUCUUAUUCAUGUUUUUAUGCCAAGUCCGCUUUCGUCGGAACUUACAUCAAAAGAGAAAAAUGGGGCAAAUGAAUUACAUCAACAUGCGAGAAGAACAGCAUUGAGUCAUUUACCAAGAAUAAUUGCUUCACUUUCAACUUUAUGGCAAGCAGUUUUAGCUACAAAGGACAAUGAACAAGCAACUUGUGUAGUUGGCAGUCCAAGAAUAGUGAAGCAUCAACUAUUAGAACUUUUAUCACCUAUAUCUUUUCAUCAUGGAGUAAAUUUUCUUGCUGCAGUUGCAGUUGCUUGGCAUGAAAGGCGACAAUCUACUGCUUCUUCAAAGAAGGUACUCCCAGAAGCUUGUCCAAAUCAACAAGUAAUGGUACAUUUAGUUAGUGCCAUACGUGUUAUACCAAUUGAUACAUUAGUUCAAACAGUACAUCAAGUAGUAAAGACGCCACCCCCAAUUCAUGGUGUUAAGCAAGAUUUUUCAUUAGAAGUUUCUGUAUUAGAAUUACUUUAUGUUUACAUGCAAAGUAAUGCUUCACAGUCACUUAUUGAAUCGUGGGCAUCAUUACUUGGUUUAUUGAAAGAUGGUUUAUCCUUAACAGCACCUGCUCAAUUCUUAUUAUUAGCAAUCUUAAAUGAAUAUGUACAAAAAUGCCCUCCCAUGCAAGAGAAAAAAGAUAUUAGAGACUUACAAGAUGUAUCUGCAAAGUUAAUUGAAUCAUGUUCACAAAUAGCUGGAGCAUGUUUAGAACAAACAACAUGGUUAAGAAGGAAUUUAGCUGUACGCGAAGAUGUUUUUGAAGUUGUUGAAGGUUCUUCGGAAGGUAAAGAAGGCAAAAGUGGUGCUGUAACACCAGGCACACCUCCAAAUGUAGCUUAUAGUGUUCAAGCACAAGGAGUUUUGGCUGAAAUAUUAGCACCUUUAUUAGAUGUCAGUUAUGGCUCACAAGAAAAAGAAAGAGUUGUUACGUUACUUACGAAUCUUAUGUAUAAUGUUACACCAUAUCUUAAAAAUCAUACGAUGAAAAAUAUUGCAUCAUUCACAGCUUGUUCUCAAUUACUAAGUUCUCUUUCCGGAUAUCAAUACACUAGAAAAGCUUGGCGUAAGGAUGUGCUUGAUUUAUUACUUGAUCCUGCAUUCUUUCAAAUGACGCCUGCAUGUUUACCAUAUUGGAGAACAAUUAUAGAUAAUCUAAUGACACAUGAUAAUACCACUUUCCGAGAUUUAAUGAAUCGCGUUUCAAUGGCACAAAGUAGCAGCAUUAGUAUUUUUUCCACGAGAGAACAGGAAUAUGAACAAAAAGCACAACUUUUGAAGAGAUUGGCUUUUGUAAUUUUAUGUAGUGAGAUGGAUCAAUAUCAUAAAUAUAUGCCAGAAAUUCAAGAACGACUUGCUGAUAGUCUACGUCUACCGCAAGUGAUACCAUCAAUUCAGGCACAAGUAUUUUUGUGUUUUCGAGUAUUACUUUUACGAAUGUCACCACAACAUGCUACUUCUCUGUGGCCUGUUAUAGUCAGUGAACUUGUACAAGUUUUCCUAUACAUCGAACAUGAAUUAAACACAGACAGCGAGGAAUUUAGUCGUCAGAGCAGUUCACAUAUAAAAGUAAUCUCUGUUUUGGAUUCUUCUUGGGCUAUAAAUGCUAGCAAUGGUCUGCAAGCUCAUGGUCAUCCACACUGGUUACAGUUACAACUUGCUGCUGCUAAACUAUUAGAUCUUGUGUUAUUACUUCCAGCACACAGAUUACCGCAAUUUCAAAUGUAUAGAUGGGCAUUUGUCGGUGAUGCUGCAGUAGGAUGUUCAAAUAAUAAUAAUCUCUCUUCUGAUUUUGUGCCACACAUAACAAGGAUAGCAAAGCUUAUGGAUAACAAGUACAAACAGGAAACACCUGUCUCACAGAUAACUCCAGGAGAACUGAUCUUAACAUCCAAUUCAAUACGUUCCUUGCAAGAUUUGCAUCAUUUUUUUACUAGGCUUAGUCGUAAAUCAAAUAACGUUUGUGCUCCUAUCAAUAAUAUACAAUUGGAAAGUGUAAUAGAACAAGACUUUUUAGAAAAAAUGCCGGCCGUACCUGCGAGGUAGUAAGAAUAUAUACAAAUUUACUUGUCUUUCAAGCAAAAGAGAUAUAUAAUUCAGACUUUGUAAGAUUCUUUAUUCUUUUAUAUCUUUUAAUAUGAUAAUAUGUAAUUGUUAAUCAAUGUAUUAGAUAAAGAAAAGAAAUUAUUAUUCUUUUUCUGCUUAAUAUAUUAUUCAUUGUUUUAAAAAUUGUAAAGCUUUGUUGUAUACUAUACUAAAUGUUAAAGGAUUCAUCUAUAUAACAUAAUUUAAUCCAAGUUAAUUUUAAUUUGUAUUAGCUAAGCUCCUCAUUCGGUUGUGAGUAGUUAUUCAAGCGUAUGAUGCACUAUACUAAGAUUUGACUGGAAUAUUUAUCCAGGGAAAUAUAUAGUUUAUAUUAUAAUACUUGUGUGUAAAUGAAAAAAUUGCUUCAUUCAUUUACAUAAUCAUUGAUACAGUUCAAUUGUACAGGAUAAUUUUCUAUAUAUCUGUACUUUUCUUAUGAGGAUGAUAAUUACAGAGAGAAAGAUGUUUUUACAUCAAGUUUAUUUUUUCAUUACUGUAUAAAAUUAUUCUUAAAUGUAAAGAAAAUAUUAUAUAUAUAUAUAUAAAAUAAUAUAAUUCAACACUGCUUCUUGUUAUAAAAGCUGUACUAUACAGGGUUGUUUACAUAAUUGAAACUACUUGGAUAAUUGCAUAAAUAUUAAUAUUAAUUAAAUAUUUAAAUUAAAAAGAUCUUAUCGUUAUCUAUAAUUUUGUGAAUAUAGCGUCAUCUAUCAUUUUUUUCGUAACAUACAUAUGUAAUAGAUAAUAAUAAAACAAAUUUAAUUAUGUUAAAUAACAGUUUUCAAGUAAAUUUUUGUAUUGAUAUUUUCUCUAACUUUUUUUAUAUAGAAUUAUUGAAUUCUAUUAUAAAAACCAAGAAUGGUAUUGAAAUUAAGAAUUUACAAACAUUCAAAAAUAUUAUAAUUAUUUGUUAAUUAUAUAAUAUUCAUCUAAAUCAUUUUUUGUUACGAUUAAUAUUUAUAUAUUUAUCGAAUUGGUUGUAGUUAUCUAAACUAUCUUGUAUAAUGUAAUAUAAAAUACUUAUCUAAAAACUGUCUACUAUAGAAAAUCAAAUAUAUUAAAUUAAUAAAAUUAUAUAUGUAUAUAUA